AUGGCAUUAAAAGAAAUAUUUGUCUUUGUUGCUUGCUUUGCUAUGCUGUGUGGAUUUGGUGAUUCUGUUGAAAUUCAAUGCGAAUAUGGAACUGAUUCCUACUUUGCUGUUCGUUUUGUUUAUGAAUGCAGACUUCGAAACACUCUCAACAUAAAAUCAAGAGAAUCAGCUGUGAUUAAUUCGGUGAAUGGAAGUCAUUUAAGUGGCAAGAGCAAUGCUGAUGUGACUGGUUUUUGGUCAUCGGAUUCCUCUUAUGUCAUCGAAUAUUUCCCGCGUAAUUUGGACAAUAUUUUCACAAAUCUCAAAAUGAUUGAAAUCCAAUAUGGUCGCCUGAAGGAAAUUCAGCAAAGUGAUUUGAGGCCUUUUACGAAGUUGGUGGUUCUUAGCUUGUAUGAUAAUAACAUUGAAUUUCUUGAGGACGGAUUGUUUGCUUAUAAUCCAGAAUUGAAAUUUGUUGACUUUAGUGCCAAUAAAAUAAUUCACAUUGGCUCUCAAGUUUUUGACAAUUUAAAUACAUUGACUUCGUUGUGGCUUCAUGAAAACAAAUGCAUCGACAUGGAUGGUAACAACAUUCAAACAUCAGUGAAAGAAGUCAUCAGUCAAGCAAAGUCAAGAUGUUUAGACUAUCCAGAAAUUGACAAAGACCUCCAAAAGCUGGAAAACUCACUGCUUUAUGUCAGUUCCGAAUCACUUCCAAUUUUCGAUCAAAAUCUUCAAAAACUUCAAAGUCGAUUCCAAAACUCAACAAUCUCACAGUAUUUACCUCUUAAGGAACGAUUCCAGGCAAUUACGAGUUGGAAGUCUAAAAACAUUUGGACAGUCAAGGAUAAAAUGUCGUCAAUCGAAACUGCUCUCGCUAGUUGCAAGUCGGAACUCAACCAAAUAAAGAUCAUCAACACAACAGGAAAGGAAGCAAAUAAUACAAAUGACGAGAAGACCUUUACAGGACAAAAUGUCUCCAAAUACAUCAUAAUAGUCAUCAGCUCAAUUUGGGGUCUCAUUAAUAUUGUUCUCAUCAUCAUCUUCAAUCAGUUUGCAAUGUGAACAGCUGACUAAGCUUGACUCAGCACUUGAAAGAUGCCUGACCAACCUCAACAUGAUUAAAACUUUAAAUUACUCACCUUAUUUUAAUUAUUAUUCACAUAUUUUAUCUCAUAUUUACUGGAUUAUUUACUCAUUUAUGGGUCAUGUGUAGAUUGUGUAAGGCUUACUAGGAAAGAUGUUUGCGGAGUGGCUGAAUGUGGAUUCAUAAUUGGAUUACAUAAUUUACAUAUGACUUAUUAAAUUUAUUUUCAGCUUGUUUGCUUAUUUUGUGCUUUGUUGAUAAACAAUUUUAUUUUUUCCUAAUAAUUUUAUUGAAUUAGGUUCAAUUCCUGGUCAUUUCUACUUAUAAUAAUCAUUUAUACUCAACAAAAAUUAUAUUUU